AGACCAGCGACUAACAUCACUGUGCCAUGUGCCAGUAACGUCUACCGCAAUUCCGAUCCUUCGCACGCCGCGAGCUUCCGAUAUCUGUGCCGCUAGCAUUUGGCGACGUCGUCGCUGCCUAGGCCUAGCUAUUAUCUCUCUGGAUUUAUAUACUUAAGCAUUAAAACUCUUUGUCAUCUGUGUUUGUGACUGACGAAAGAAGUUCCUCGUGUUUAUUAGCAAGUGGUUUCUAAUAACCAUGAAGUGAUGCGUGUGUAAUUUAAUGAAGUGCGUGCCACCAGAGGGCGUUGUCCGUCAAUGCCCCAAUGAAACUGUCAGUCAAACUGCGACCGACAGUUGAAGGUCGAUCGUCUGAAAUUUCUCGUUUGCUCUCCCCUCCUCUACCGCUGUUCGAAGGAAGAUGUUUUCUUAGAGGGGAGGAUGGAGAUCAAAAUAAGGAUAAAAAUUCUGAUGAUCCAUCCGAAAAUGUGUCAGGAGAAGGUGAUGAGCCUGACGAUCAGCAAAUAGAAAACAAUAGUAAUUCGACUCAUUCAAGUCGGAGUGCAACGCCUGAGCUGCCACCUCCGAUAGCUCCACCUGUUCUGCUUCCACCGCCACCACCUCCUCCUCCUCCUCUGAAAGACGAAAGCGAGAUGGACUUAUUAAAUAAAACGCCUAUUCCCAUUAUGGACAUAUCAAGAAAUGCGGUUGCCAACCCCGAGCUUAUCCAAACCGCAGAAGAAGAAGAGGAAGAUGGGGAGGAGGAUGUGGCAUCGAGCCUAGCUACCGAAGAAGAUGCUCCUCUAGAUUUCAGCCUCAAGAGGUCAACUGAGGAUGAAAGCACAGACGAUGACAGGUCCAUGACACCCAAUGGCCUUCAUCCGCCAUCCAUAUCGCAAGAUGGGCCUCUGGACUUGUCUGUGCCUCGUAGACGAAGUAGCAAGAGCAUCGAUGGUCCGAGACAAGCCAAAAUGGCUAAAUUGGAGACAGCCCUUUCGAUGCCUAGUAGUCCAUGGGGUUACAAUGCGCCGAAACAUUCGCCAAAAGCUUUAGCUAAGACUGCAGCAGAGAUCCCGAUGUGGAAUGGAAAGGUGAAAUCAGAAAAGCGAGACAAAAAUGCGAUUUCUGCUGCUUCAUCGAAACCUGUUUCGCUCAAUCGAUCAACGGUUUACCACCCUCUUUUACACAAAAACACUAGCCCUCCUCUCGACCCUCUCAAAAUGGUUGAGGGUCGUAAACACAGCGCCAGCGGGUCUAAAACUGAUCCAUAUAGACCUGCUGGGAGACAAAAUCCAUGGCAGAGUCAGUGGAUGAGCCGCAGCAGUGAACAGACCAGAGACGUUUUCACUUGUGUUUGGUGUAAGGAAUCAUUUCGAAGCUUGGAUGACAUGACUGUGCAUAUGAAACGAUCUCCUAGAUGUGGAAUGGCUGGUAUGCAAACCACACUUCCAGCGACUUCACCUACGUCUUCAACCUCUGCACUGAACCACCAGCCACCACCUCACCAAUCUCCAUUGCCUCCAAAGUGUUCUACAUCAUCUUCAUCUACAGCUGGUCCAGCAGCGAAUGCCGUUAUCAAGGAAAAUGUUUCGCUACCGAGGAAACUCGUCCGAGGGCAAGACGUAUGGUUAGGAAAAGGUGCUGAACAGACGAGACAGAUACUGAAGUGUAUGUGGUGUGGACAGUCUUUCAAAACUUUGGCGGACAUGACGACUCAUAUGAGGGUAACACAACACUAUACUAAUAUUAUCAGCCAGGAACAAAUCAUUUCCUGGCGUACUCCAGAAGAUAAGAUGGCUGCCCAAUCUCAGGUUAAUGCCGUGCUCACUUGCAAAGUGUGUGAUCAAGCAUUUGGUAGUCUGAAAGAACUCAGCUAUCAUAUGGUAAAAAAUUCACACUACAAAGAACAUAUAUUACGCUCAAUUACAGAAGGAGGAGGUAGGCGUCGUCAAACUCGAGAGCGAAGAAAAAAAUCUCUUCCUGUUAGAAAGCUGCUAGAAUUAGAGCGAAUGGAAUUGAACAAACAAAAUCCAACGAGUUCUAGUGACCUCUCUAAUCAGCCAAAAAAUGAGGUAGUAGAUGGUAAAAUAUCAUGUGAGGAAUGCACUGAAAAAGUGGAUGCCAAAGACUUUGUACAACACAUUAAGAAUUGCGCUCAGGGAUCAAGAUCUCAGCAAUCAGUAAAAUCUUCUCCAGGUUCGGAAGGGGCCAAAUCAACUAGUGCCAGCGGCGAUACAAAUCCUGAUAUUCCAACAACAUCGGGAGCCGGAACCGUACCGAGCUCAUCCCCUCUUUCAACUCAGGAACUCCCGCCCGAUGAUGCCAGUAAGAAUGUUGGCGGUCAAAUCAUACAACAAGAGGACAGUAUGUGUGAUAGUGUGGAAAGUACAGGAAGUACCUCCGUCUUAAAUGCAAUAGAAAAGUUAAUAGAGAAGAGUUUCGAGAGUAAAGGUCGUAGAAAUGCUGUUUCUACCGGUAUUUUGCAACGUCUAGGCAUUGAUGAGGAAGUAUAUCCACCCUGGCAUCCAUCGAGCUCUCCCAGCGCGUUUGGUGUUCUCCGUAGCACUGUUGAUCUUCAAAGGAAAUCCACUUCUCCUCUAGGUAGGCUACACGAUUUUAAAAUGGAGAUGGCAGAUUUUUCCGGUUCCGAAAGUCGCAGUAGGUCUUCCUCGACCUCAGAAAAGCAUCCGAGUUUUGACGAUCAUUUAAGACUAACUUUCGGGCUGACUGCUAAGGACGUUAUGAAUCGCGUUUCAACGCCAAGCAGUGCAUCUCAGUCUUGCUCACCUGUGCAUUUUCAACCAGAAUCUCCGGCUGAUGAUCGGAAUCCAGUUUUUAUGACCAAAGAGACCACAAAUUCGAAUGUAGCAUCAACAUCUCAUGGCGUUGUCCCAUCAAGAAAUUCAUCGCCCAAAGAUCGUUCAGUUACACCUUCUUCCGAUCGUGACAGUACUGACAAAAUUGUAGCCAAAGAGAAUGAACAGUCAAAAGAAAUAACUAGCAAGGAAUCGGAUGAAGCCAACUGCGAAGAGCGCGAGGACAAAUCUGCGAUAUCUGAUGACGAAAAACCUGUCGACUGCAGUCGAGAAGCAACGCCAAAAAGUGAGGACAGACAAACGCCAUUAUCUAGGAGCUCAAGCUGCGAACCGGAACUUGCUUUAUCUACAAGUCCAGCUGCAGCUUCCGCGAUUUCUGAUUCGCCUGACAAACAAUCCAGAAACAUUCCCAAGAAAAAGAGAAAUUCGGAAAUGCAUCGAAAGUCUCACUCCUCUAGCAAUAAACGUCGUUCAUCGCAUUCCCAUAGGAGGAAAGAUGCGGAGAUAGGCCAUAAUGAUGGUGGUUGUGACAGCGCUUUAGGUUCUCCAAUGUCAGCUCAUAGUGAGGUGACUUCUCCUCGUCAGAAGCAGCACACUGACGCUGCUGCUGGUGAUCAUCCACUGAAAGAACUUCAAAAGUUGUUAGACAAGACAGAUGCUCAUCUUUCAAGGCCUAGCUUACCGGCCACCCCUGGCUCAAUAUUAGCAUUCAGUUGGGCUUGCAGUGAAGCUACUACUUCGGACUCACUUAUGAAGUGUGCCUUUUGUGACACUCACUUCAUCUCAAAGGGGGCUUAUAGGCACCAUCUAAGCAAAAUGCACUUCGUCAAAGACGGUAGCUUAGCUGAGAUUGCAGCCGCAUCAACGUGGAAGCCACCUUCAACCUCAGGAAACAGCAAAAUUAGUGCUCCUCCCGGAAGCAGUAAUAGCAGCAACGGGUGUGGCGGGGUCGUAACAGCUGGGGGAAGCCGGACAGGAAACAACAGUGGCAACGAUCCUGGACAUCCAGCAUCCCCCCAGAAAGAACUUGUGCCACCCACACCCGUUGAUGAGAGCCCUCAUUCCAAAUUUUUGAAGUACACCGAACUCGCCAAACAGCUCUCGAGCAAAUAUGUGUGAUUAUUGAAUAUGAUAGAGAAACAUGCGUAUAAAUAUAUAUAUAUAUAUAAUUAUAAAAACGGUGCCUCCAAUAAUAAUUUGCCAAGUUUUCUUUUUUUAUUGGGAUCUAUUUGUGACCCAGUGAUACAUAAAAAAACAACUGGUGCUGCUGCCUGGCUGUAUACAUCCAGUUGAUAGAUAAUAGACAUGACACAGACGCACAAAGUCUGCUGGACCUCUUGUACAUAGCUAUAAAUAACACUCUACUAUAAAUAGCUCUAUAAAUAUAUAAAUACUUAUGUAUGACUGAAGUCUAUUGUUCUGGUCUCUAUCACUGGCAAUUAUAAAUAAUAAGUUGAGCAACAAGCACUCAGUUAGGGAUACUUUUAUUUACUAUGCUUUCAGAUCUCUAUAGAAGAUCGGACAGUGUUCCAAUCUGUAAUUUUUUCUUUUCUCUCUCCAGCAUUGACAUGUUGGAAGCACAUUUUAGCUACCGAUUUCAUGGUGCAGCUGUUUGAAAUUGAGGUCACAGUUUUUUACUUGCCUUAAUCGUUCGUAACUGUCACAACAUUAUAAUGAAGUGUUAAAAAUUAUUUUUAUUUAAUUAGAAAUUGAACGCAUAAUUGCCAAAUUUUCAUCUGGAAGAUUUUGGUUGCUGAAUCUCCCUCCCAUGUGUGUGGCGUUUUGUGAUUGGUUAGGGCAUAGACUCUUUUUGAUGUCAUUUUUCUUGUGCAUCAGAUUUUAUAUGGCAGACUUAAUUAGCAAAUCACACUUUAGUAAUUUAUCCACAUCUUAAACAUUUAAAGUAGUUACAAAACCCCCAAAAUGGGAUCUGAAAGAAAAAUAAUUUUAAAAAUUUCAUAUCAAGAUCAAACAGACCAAAAUCUUUUAAUAAAAUUUGCCAGUUUUUUAAACAACACAUAUCUCCAUUAAUGUUAUUAAUCAUAGCAUUGUACAUCAUUUAAAUAGGAUUACCUUCAUAUGAGUUUAAUAUUUUUUUGUGUAAUAAAGGAAGACAUGCGAUUACUUGUAACAUGUUUGAAAUUAUUUGGUAUGAAGUAUUUAACUAUUAUGGAAGGUUUCUGAGAUAUAAUUAAAAAAAUAUACUAUUAAUAAUAAAAUAUUAACAUAAACUGCGAAUUUUCAGUUACACUGAACUAACUUUCCGAAUUUAGUGAGAAUAAUAUUACGUCUUUUUUAUCUUAACAUAUGUUAAUUUUUAUUCAUUAAACAUAUGUUAGUAAUUAGCAAGUUUUAACAAAUAUAAUUUUUACUUAAACAUUUUAUGGGUCCAAAAUUUUGAAAAAAAUUUUGCAAAAAUAAAGCAUUUUUAUUAGAAACGAUCUGAAAAUUUCUUUAAAGAAACAGACUGUUUUCUUCUUAAUUAAACCGACGAGAGAAAAUCUUAAAUUGAUUUAAUUUCUGCUUUUACUCUCAAGUUUUAAUACCUUUUAGAUGUAUAAGCUUAUAUUGUACAAUGCUAUGCACAGUGUCAAAAUUCGUCCAUUUUUCAAAUAUUUUCAUUAAUUAAUUUUCUUUAAGUGUAUGAAUUAAUACAGAUAAGUGAAUAACCUUCAUUGCUGAUAUAGCUGAAUAAUACCUUAUAUGGUCUGCAAAAAACCUUUAAAAGCUGUUGUUUUUCUAAAUUUAAUAAGCAUAUAUUAAACAGAUUUGAAUAGAAAUAUAAGCUUGCCUGUGAAUCAGUGCUAAAAGUUGAAAUAAAAUGAGACUGUUAAUACAUUCCUUAUGAAGAAUUCGAGAUAAGAUUGUGAUUAUAUUUUUGAAUUUUAACUUAUGUGAUUAACGUCAGUUAGCUCAGGUGUUUGACAAUUUGUGAGUUAUUUGUUUGCAUUUUUAUUCUAUUUUAGCGUCUUCAUUUUGAGAAAGGUUAUAUGAACAGUAGUUACGAGUUUGUAAGAUUAAUUGUAAAUGGAAUUCUAUGGAAGUCAAUUCUAAAAUGCAUAUAGUAAUUGGAUUACAAUGCUAUCUUAAUAAUUAUGUUUUUAAGAAUGCAGUCAGGACAUUAUAUAUUUUUAUUAUGUAAAUAAAGAAAUAGGAAAUUAAUUAACUUACACUGUAUUGUAAUAUAAUUUAAAAACUUUUAUUACAAACCUGCCAAAGUUUUUUCUGCAAUUCGGAAUUGCACUUUGACGGUUGUUGCUUUGUAAUAAAAUCUUAUAUCAGUUAUUUGCUACUAUUUUCAAAAUUAUAUAAAUCAACAGAAUUGUGAUAAGUACUCUGAUUUUAAGGCAAUGUAAAUCAAACAAGCGCCUAGUCAAAGUGUAAAUUGACAUUGUCCUUUUAGAAUCCCUACUUCUGUAGUGUAUUAUACUCAUCACUUAUCACCAACUGUAAAUCAGUACCAUCGGUGUGUAUUUUUGUUUCAAAUCUUUAAAAAUUUCUGCACUGUUCAUGCGCCAGUGAGAUAUCAUCCAAUAUUUCAAUUAGACCUAUGACUGUACAGCGCGAAUAACAAGGAAAUGAAGAGACAGAAGAUAAUGUGAUUUUCUCUUUGCACUUAGUGAUUCACUUUCUGGUAUAACAAGCUACCGGAAAGAAAUAACGAAGAUGAAGGAAAAAAAAAACUCUUUUUAAACACUCUCAGGAUACUACUGUCUUGUGUGUCCCUAAAAAAACCCUACAAGUACUUAACGUUCGAGUAUAUCCUGGAAGACACCAAAGCCUUCAUGUUCUUUAUUUUAGUCUGGAGUUUUAAAUCAUGCGGCAAAUUUUUACCUAAUGCAUUUCUAUUAAACUUAAUUAUUAUAAAAUACUUUUAUAUUUUUACAUUGAAAAGUUUCCAUAAAUGUCUGUAUGUAUCCAGAAAGUGUGGCAUAAUUUCAGAAAUUAUUUGAGUUAUGAUUUAUGACCAGAGAAUUAUACGUACUUCUUAAUUGUAGUUAUAUCCAUGUAAAAUAUAUAGUUUAUAAGUACUGAGUUAUAAGUACUUAAGUUUAUAAGUACUGAGCCGAUUAUUGCCGUUUCAGGUGCACAAGAUACAUAGAGAGACAUAAAGUUAGACUAGCAGCGAAUUAUCACUAAGUCUAAAACUUUAACGACAGAGAGUUUAGAAGAUUUAAAUAAACCUUUUUAUUAAAUUAAGACUUGAACAUAAAAUGCACUACUUGUGCUCACAGUUCAGCCAUUAACUGGCGACGAUGUAACUUUAAGUUCAGAUUUAAAAUAACCUAGUUGUCAAAUUAUUACACAAUUUAAUUUAACGCGAAGUUGGCUCACAAAUCUAACCGUCGUAGAUAUUUAAAUAUCAGCAGUUACAAUGCAAGGCCGAAGACUACAAAUAUUAUCUGAGCUAGCAUCAACUUAGUAAUGUUACCUCGAGAGGCAAGAAACGCUCUAUCUUACAAUCUAAACACCUCUUUAAAUACUUGCGAAUUGAUUUGUAUUCUGGCAUACAAACGGAAAGUAGAAGUGACAAUAAAGGCCUCAAUCAUAAUAACUGGUUAAUUAAAGUCAUGAAAACUCUACAAGGUACUAAUUAUUAUAUUUCAUUAUGCAUUUUGCGCGCAAGAAUAUUAUACACGAAAUUUCUGUUCUGUAAAUAACUUUAGAAUUUCUGAACAGUAAACCAUUAUUGUGCUGUGUUUCCAAAUUAAGACAUCUUAAAAUAUUUAAAAGUUAAUAGGAUUGUUUAAGUUUAUAAAAUAAAACAUCGUAAUUUAUCUGUUUUUCCGAAGAAAUAUCUGACAUAGGAUAUAAAUUAUAAGGAUCACGUUGACAGAACAGAGAAAGUUCUAGAAGUGGAAAACCUUCAAAAUCAGUUUGCAUAAUGCAGUGUGCUAGUGUUCUGAUGAUGUAAGGUUUUUCCCAUUUUUAUCAAAUUACUGUGAUGAAUCAUGCAAUUUUGUGAUCAAAGGUGAUUGAAAUUUUCCAACUGCUUAUAAAGUCUGAAUUAAAAUUGCAGAAUGGUGUAACAAUGUUAUGGUUAUUAAAUUACAUUCCUUGUUUUUUGUCUUUUACAAAAUGCCUUUUAGUAAUAUAAUGUAAAUCAGUGAAUGAAAAUAUUGCACAAUGAAACUGAGGACGAAUAUUCUAUGCAAUUUUUUAUACGACGAGAAUAAAGUGCUGAAUGGCUUUGGUGUUUUCCCAUUACGUAAGAAACACCACCUUACCUUAAGUUUUUUGGUGUGUUGCAACCCUAUUCUGAGGAGUGCUUCCAAUGCAUUGUCACAUGUAUAUAUGAUCAUUAUUCGUUAUGAAAUGUACAUCUUUAUAUUGUUAUUAUUUAUUACUAAGGUCUAUCAUCAACUUUCAUACAGGAAGAUCUAUUAAAGAGGCUGUUUCCCGCUCCUCAGAAAAA